UAAAUAAAUUGUGUUUGUAUACUAUAGGCUAAGUAUAAAGGUCUGUGUGUGGGGUUCACCUGUUUAGUUGACGUCUGGAUGUUGCUGGUUCCUGUUGUGAAGUUUGUGUUUACUUGCACGAUGUUGUUCAGCCUUCUCUUCCUGUUUGUACUGGCGGAUGCAGCAGAAAUACGCAGAGAUAACGACAUAGUUAAACGUGCAAAUGUAUGCUAUGGUGCAUUGGGAUGUUUUUCUACCGAUGGAGCGUUUGGUGUGAGUGCUCAAAGACCAUUGACAGUAGUACCAGAAUCACCAGACAAAAUAAAAACCAUGUUCAAGCUGUACACCAGGGAACACAAGACAACACCACAGGACCUAGAUGCCAGACGACUGGACUCACUGGCCACCGUCUGGACCAACUUUAAAUCUGUACCGGUCAAGUUCAUCGUUCAUGGCUUCAUUGACGACACGGACGUUUCCCCCUGGCUUAGGGAUAUGAAAGAUGAGUUUCUUAAAGCUGGAGACUUUAAUGUGGUGAUUGUUGAUUGGUCGGGAGGCAAUUUGUUGCCCUACACCCAGGCGACAGCCAAUACACGAGUUGUAGGGGCGCAAAUCGCUGCGGUCAUCAAAAAGUUGAUUGAGGUGAAAGGUCGACAUGCUGCAGAUUUCCACAUCAUUGGCCACAGUCUGGGCUCCCAUAUCGCUGGGUACGCCGGUGAACGGGUUCCAGGGCUAGGUAGAAUCUCAGGUUUAGAUCCAGCUGGUCCAUAUUUUGAGAACACCGACAAAACUGUACGCCUUGACCCAUCGGAUGCUGCAUUUGUUGACGUCAUUCACUCUGAUGCUACUUCACUUAUCCAGUUAGGUUUGGGUAUCAAACAAACUGUCGGCCAUCUUGAUUUCUACCCCAAUCUUGGCCACGACCAGCCGGGCUGUACAAGAAAUCCAUUUACACAGAUAGCCGACUGGGGCGUCAUUCAAGGAGCCAUGGAGGUCGUCUGUUGCAACCAUUUGAGGGCAAUCAAGUUUUUCACAGAAAGCAUCAACUCCCAGUGUCCAUACAUGGGCACCCCAUGCAACAACGAGGACGACUAUAAAAACGGGAAGUGCACAACGUGUGGAUCUACCGGCUGUGCAGCUAUGGGCUAUCACUCAGACAGAAACAAGCCACCCAGUGGACAGACCAGAAAGUUCUUCACAACUACGUCAGACAAACGUCCAUUUUGUCAGUACCAUCUGAACAUCGCCGUUAAACUCAACCCAACAACAGGGGCAGAGGAGCGAGGUGAGCUGUACGCCAUCGUUACUGGUGACAAGAGCACCACACCCAAGGUUCUACUGAACAGUAGCCCCAUCUCGUUUCAAGUGGGAAAAGUUUACCACUUCACCCUGGGCUCGUCUGUUGAUGUGGGGAACGUCCGCUCUAUAACUUUGUUCUGGAACCACAUUGGUCCCUUGCUGAACCCCUUGCAGUGGAAUAUCCUGGGUCUCAGAAACCCGAAGCUGUUCAUUGAUGAGGUUGACGUUCAGAGACUUGAAGCCAACGUAGAUUUGCAUCUGUGUUCUGCGGGGCAAAGCGUUGAAACGGACCAUUCAAUAGUCCUGUCAACAAGAUGCUAAAUGGAAGACUCUUCUCAAGAUGUACAAACAGCUGUCCUUGCCAUUAAAUUGAAAUGUAUUUAACAUAAAUAACUUGC